AUCUACCCAGAAACGCCAAUUACAAGGGUGGGAACAAAUAAGCUUGAAGUAGGAAAGAAGCAUGAGCAUGGCUUGGAGUAAACUUUUCUCCCCCAAUUUCAUUCCCAUAUCCUCUGCAAUACCUGCAAAACAUGUGGUUACUCACCACCCUUGUGUUCCAUGUCGUUGUAUUCGGCACUACAAUGGGAAAAGGGAAUUCCCACUGCCAGAAGUGGCUUCAAUCCCCUACCAACCCAUCGAUAUGGAGGGAGAAUUCAGUGGCCAUGGUGUCACCUUUGAAGGUAUAGGUGAUAGCUGCGUUGCCAAGAUGGGACUGGAAAAUGGAAGCACAGCCACCUUGAUGUUGCCAAGUGGUUUGAUUACAUCGUACAAGGCUCCCAUGUGGCAUGGAGGCUCCUUAGAAUUGCUGCACACUUCUGUCUUCGAGGAGGAGAAUGGUGAUGCUGUCAUUCGAGGAGGGGUGUCUGUAGCCUUAAAUUGUUGCGGUGAUGGCGAACAACUUUCAUGGUCUCCAACUAAUUGGGCUCUUCUUAAUAUUAGUGGAAAUGCUCAAGAAUCUAUUCAGGUAGAACUGAUCAACAGUGAUUCAGAGAACAUGGCUGAAGUAAAGUACAUUGUGAGUCUCCAAGAAGAUAUCUUGAGCUCCGAGAUUGUUGUGUCAAACGCCAAGUUUUCACCGCUCCAACUGAAGGGGUCCAUUGUAAGCCAUUUGACAGUGAGCUCGCCUGAUGCAACUUAUGCAGUCGGAUUACAGGGAUCAAAUUUCGUCAAUAGACCACCAUUUUUGUCAAGCUUUGGAAUUGUUCCUCCGGACUUGGGCCAGAAAAAUGAAUAUGGUUUUGGCCAAUUAUGGGAUCAAAAGGCGCUGAAAGGACUUUUUUCCGGUUGGUCUCCAAGAAAUCAAAACACAGCUGAUGCUGCAGAAGGCAUCCAAAGAGAAAGCGAAGAUGAAGUGGAGGGGGAAGAGGACGGAAACUAUAUGCAUUUAACAGAGCAAUUGAGCCGGAUAUACACCAGUGCGCCCCGGCAUUUCACAGUCAUUGACAGGGGUAGAAGAAGCUCGGUGGUAAUUGGAAGGGAUGGAUUUGGUGAAUUAUACAUGUUCAGUCCUGGCUCAAGUCAUGAAUACUAUGGCACCUAUUCUUAUGUAUGUGUUGGCCAAUCAGCCCUGCUCAAACCAAUAAUUCUGGGUCCUCAAGAAGAAUGGAGAGGUCGACAGCAUUUACACAACCCAAAUCUCUAAUUAUUAUGUAGAUCCAAGAAUGCCAUUGCUUUCAUGUUAUUUGCUGGCAAAAUCAAGAACACUUGGCUUUGUGAUUGGGCUUAUCAUUUUUUAGUAGUAUUCUAGUUUUCCUAGGCUCUAGCACAUGCUUUUUUUCUUCUUAAUUAACUUGUAUCAUUUUAUGUUGGCAAACUAUAAAAAUAGCUUAUUGUCUCUC